AUGGUUGCAAACACAACAGAUAUGACUGGAUCCAUAUAUCAUGAAAGACAAGUAAUUAUCAAAUAUUUCAUGUUUUUAGUUCAUAAUUAAACGUACAAAAAUAUGUUAUACACAUAUGUAUAAUUGUUAAUAUCUUGUAUAUGUUAUAUAUUUAUAUGCAUGUUAUUAUUCUUUCAGGUAAAAGAACUUUGCGCGUUACAUGCAUUGAAUAAUUUGUUUCAAGAAAGAGAUUUUAGUAAACAAGAAUUAGAUCAAAUUUGUUAUAGUCUAAGUCCAGAUGUAUGGAUUAAUCCCCAUAAAUCACUGCUAGGACUUGGUAAUUAUGAUAUUAAUGUUAUCAUGGCAGCACUACAACGAAGAGGACGUGAAGCAGUUUGGUUUGAUAAACGCAGAGAUCCAAAAUGUCUGUGUUUAGAUAACAUUGAAGGUUUUAUAUUAAAUGUACCAACAGAAUAUAAAUUGGGAUUUGUAUUACUUCCCUUGAAAAGACGACAUUGGAUUGCCCUGAAGAAAAUUCAUGGUGCCUUUUAUAAUCUUGAUUCAAAACUUGAUUCUCCUCAGCUUAUUGGGAAAGAAAAUGAUUUACUUAUAUAUCUGAAGGACCAGAUAGAGAGUAAGGAAAAGGAAUUAUUUCUUGUUGUAUCGAAAGAGAUAGAUAAUAACCAAGGAUGGCUGAUAAAUACAUAUGCAAAUAAAGAAGGCAUUAAUACAGAUCAUGAUACUAUUACAUAUAUUGAAGAUGGUUAUAUGGAACUUGAAAAAAAAUGGAUCUACAGAAAUGAAUGA